AUGUUCCUGAACACAACCAAGGGUCUCUUCCCCACUGAGGGCCCAGACUCAAAGCUGGACUGGACCGAGUUGGACCCCUAUAACUGUACCAACUACACAGCAGCCUGGGACUGGCUUUCCUCCUACCAGCCGGUCUACAUGGUUCUGCUCAGCGUGAUGGGCGUAGUGGCCAACUGUCUGGUCCUCUGUGUCUUCUGUUUGCAGAGGAAGCCAUGCACCGUGGCUGAUGUCUACCUGGGCAACUUGGCAGCUGCAGACCUGGUCAUGGUGUCCUGUUUACCCUUCUGGGCCGCCACCAUUGCUAACAACUACCACUGGGAGUUAGGCGAGCCCAUAUGCAAGCUGGUCAAUGUGGCCAUCUCCAUGAACUAUUACUGUAGUGUUUUCUUCCUGGUGCUGGUUAGCGUCGAUCGCUACCUGGCUCUGGUCCGGCCCAUGUUCCAAAGCCGACUGCGGAGGGUGGCCUGGGCCAAGUGCAUCUGCCUGGGGAUAUGGAUCGUGGGGUUCGUGCUGAGUUUGCCCAUCCUGGUCUUCCGCAGGGUGAAAUACGUGGCCAAGGCUGGGGUGAUGGCCUGCGUCCUGGCCUACCCCCAUCCGGACUGGGAGAUCCAGCGCAAUGUCACCAAUAACGUGGUUGGGUUCCUACUUCCGGUGAUAGUGGUGUCGUACUGCAGCCGCCACAUCGUGAUCAGUCUGAAAGACGGUCAGAUCAGAAAAACUCCCGGGGUGAGGUCAGAGAGGAAGGCCACACAACUGGUCCUGACUGUCCUCACGGUCUUCCUCAUCUGCUGGACGCCCUACCAGGUGGUGCGCUUCCUGGACACGCUGGAUUACUUCCAAGUCACGCCAGGAUGCCUCUGGGGUCACAUUCUGGACAUUACCAUACAGCUGUCCACCUACCUGGCGUACGCCCACAGCGCCAUCAACCCCUUCCUGUACGUCAUUGUGGGGAGACAAUUCAGGAAGAGGGCAAAAGAAGUGUUCGGGACAAUGUUAAAAUGCAGGUUGUCGGAUAAAUAUUUCCUGACGGUAAAUUUCACCUCCAAUGGAAGACUGGCCACUCAAAGGAUACAAUGUACACAACUUGUGAAACAAACUGUGACGUGA